AUGUGUAUCAAGUGUGGGUUUUCUAAUUUUCCCAAAACUGACAUCCCUCCUAUUCCCAAAACUGACAUCCCUCCUAGUCCCAAAACUGACAUCCCUCCUAGUCCCAAAACAGACAUCCCUCCUAGUCCCAAAACUGACAUCCCUCCUAUUCCCAAAACUGACAUCCCUCCUAUUCCCAAAACUGACAUCCCUCCUAGUCCCAAAACUGACAUCCCUCCUAGUCCCAAAACUGAUAUCAAAACUGACAUCCCUACUAGUCCCAAAACUGACAUCCCUCCUAGUCCCAAAACUGACAUUCCUCUUAUUCCCAAAACUGACAUCCCUCCUAGUCCCAAAACUGAUAUCAAAACUGACAUCCCUCCUAGUCCCAAAACUGACAUCCCUCCUAGUCCCAAAACUGAUAUCAAAACUGACAUCCCUACUAGUCCCAAAACUGACCCAAUACUUGAAAAUUUAUCUACAUUAUACACAAGACUAUAA